AUGCUCAUGCUCGUCCUCCUCCCCUUCUUGAUCGGGACAGCGGGAGCGCAGAACGCGGCCGGCGCCGCUUUACCUGCCGGUUCGCCUAGCGCAGCCGCUAAUCAACCUCCCCAGCAGGGCACAUCUGGGUUUGGCGAGGCUGCCCCUGCGGGCAGCGCUACGCCUACUGCUUCCCCGUCAACUCUGGCCGGCACGCCUGGUGCAGCAGGUGCCGGUGCCGGCGGCAACAGCGGCAGCGGCACUAGCGCACCUCCCACCUCGACUUCGGUCAGCACGGCGGCACCUAGCGCCAGCGACCCAUCAGCAGUCGUGCCCGGACAGGACAACCCGCCUCCUCCGCAGUGGUGGUGCAACAACGGCGGCAACGCGACGUACUGUCCCGGCGCUCUUCUGCAGGAUGUGCAGCUCUCCGGCGUCUUCACCGACUCGAAGACGUUUGUCGACCGACCCACGAACGGGUCGCAGGCCGAUGUGUUCGCCGCCUGGAAUUCUACGAUCAACGGCAACGUGACUGCCGGUCAGAUUGUCGACUUUGUCUUGAAGCACACGACUGGCGAAGGUCAGGAGCUGUCUCAGGUCGCGAUUCAGCGCAACGCCUCAAACGCCACGACGCAGAGCAACAUCUCCGACCCGAUCUACUCAGCCUGGGUUAAGAAGGUCGAUUCGUACUGGGACCUGCUCAUCCGCGAAUCGAACCAAUCCCGCCUCUGCAACGGCACGACAUGCGACUACUCCCUGAUCCCCUUGAACCACACCAUUGUCGUCCCCGGCGGCCGCUACCGCGAGGUCUACUAUUGGGACAGCUACUGGAUCCUGCAGGGCCUUCUGGCCAGCAAGCUCGAAUACUAUGCCUGGUCGCUUCUGCAGAACUUCAUGGACCUGAUCGAGGACUACGGCUUCAUCCCCAAUGGCGGCAGGAAGUACUACCUGAACCGCUCGCAGCCGCCCGUCUUCGUCCAGAUGGUGCACGAGUACAUCAAGCAGACGGGUAACGUGACGAUCCUGCAGCGCGCGCUUCCCUCCAUGGAGCGCGAGCUCGCCUGGUGGCACCAGAACCGCACGCUCCAAGUCACCUCGCCCUGGAGCGGAAAGAACUACACCGUCGCGCACUACGCCGUGAACAACUCGGCCCCUCGGCCCGAGGGCUACGUCGAGGACUAUGACACCGUGAACCACGCCCAGCCACCCCUGAACGCCUCCCAGCAAGCCGAUCUGUAUGCCGAGCUCGCGACCGGUGCUGAGUCGGGAUGGGACUACUCUGCGCGCUGGCUCAAGACCCCCGUCGCCAACGUGUCGAACAACGAGGAGGCGCUGCGCCAGCUCAACCUCCGCGCCAUCAUCCCCCACAACCAGACUGGCGGCAACCAGACCACGGCCGGCGGAGGAAUGGGCAGUGCGGGGUCUAACCAGACUGGCGCCGCUGGCGGCAUGAAGCCGAGCCCCGCGACGACCCAGGCCGCUCAGACCAACGCUGCCCAGGGCUCCACUCCCCCGCAACAGGCAACGACGCAGGGUGCCACCCAGCAGGGUGGGGCCCAGCAGGGCUCGCAGCAGGGAUCGAACGCGCAGGGCAGCGCUCCGGCCCAGAACGGCGCUACUCAGACGCAGGGCACGAACGGAGGAGGCAUGCGCCGUCGCUGGUGGCGUCGUCAGCAGGGCGACCCCAACGCCGACCCCAACGCACCGACUUCGAACCAGGGCGGCGCCAGUGGCAACACGGGCAACGGUGGAAACACUGGAAACACCGGUAACACUGGCGGAAGCACGAGCAGCAGCACGGGCACUGGCAAAACUGGUAACACCAGUGCCCAGGGCCAGAACGGCGCAACCUCGAACCAGGGUACCGGCGCCGGCACCCCGGGCAUGGGUCAGAACGGCGGCAGCAGCAACGCUGGCGCCGAGGGCGGCCAGGGCACAGGCUCUGGCACCGGCUCCACUGGCACUGGCUCGAUGGGCAACCAGACGAUGGGCGGAGGCGACAACACCGGCGGCGGCAACGGCACGACUGCCGAGAAGCACCGCAAGCUCGCUCAGAACUUCAAGGAAGCCCUCCUCGACCUGAACUGGGACGGCGACCGCGCCUUCUUCUACGACUUCAACACGACAGACAAUAAGCGCACGCCCUUCUACACUGCUGGCGGCUGGUGGCCGCUGUGGCAGAACGUGACGCCCUCGAACCUGACCGAGGAGCAGGCGCUGCGCAUGGCCUCGGGCGUCCGCUACCUGCUGCAGAAGUACGACGGCGCGCCUGCCGCUGCAACGUACCUCGUCUCGGGACUCAAUUGGGACUUCCCCAACGUCUGGCCGCUGCACGUCUACACCACCAUCAAGGGCCUGGACACGCUUGAGCGCACGAUCAAAAACGCCUCGGUGCUGCCCCAGCUCAGCCUGACCAACUUUAGUGCUGUGACGCCGAACCAGCUCGGAAUGAACGAGACGCAGCUCCCACCCCAGCCGGCCUCGACGCGCGGUAAUGUGACAUACGCAAACCAGACGCAGCACCUCCUGAACGCUGCUGCUGGCACACUGCCCUGGCCGCGCGGACUCGCGCUCGAGAUCGCGGCACGAUACCUCAACUCGGCUUUCUGCUCCUGGUACUCGACCGGUGGACAGCUGAAUGGCACGCUGCAACGCCUGCCUCUGUCCGAGCUGAAUGCGACAGGAACAUACCACGAGGAGCCCGGCGUUGAGGGCGGCAAGAUGUUUGAGAAGUUCAACAUCACCGACCUCGAUGCCGCGGGCGGCGGUGGCGAGUACACCGUCCAGGUCGGAUUCGGAUGGACGAACGGCGUCGUGCUCUGGGCCGCCGAGAGGUUCGGACAAUACCUCCGCACGCCCACCUGUCCGCUCAUCCUCAUCACGCAGAACAACGGCACGAGCUCCGGUAACAGCACCGGUCCUCCGCCCAACAGCACGCCGGGCGGUGGUGGUGCCGGUGGAGCCCAGCCCUCGGGCCAGCGCUCGACCGCCAUCCUUCCCAUGUCGUCGUCGCUCCCUCCCGCCAAUGGCAACACGGUGACUACUACUCCUGCUCAGUCCCCUCAGGGUGGUAACGCCGCUCAGCCGACUACCAGCGCUGCAGCUCCCGCCGGCAACAAUGGUGGUGGCAACGGAGGCGGUACCUCCGCCAGCGCCCCCACGGCACGCAGCUUCCAGUUCGUUGGCCGCCGUAUCCACAACUGA